AUGGCUUCAGCGGGUGCAGCAAAUUUUGCGGCCACUUCUCCUUCAGAGAGGCACAUUGGUUCUCCUGCUUCCAUACAGCCCCAGGCACUGGAGUCGAGAGCAGCGAGCUCCCCCGGUUCCCGGUCGGUUCUCAGCAACACAUCUCGUGCUGCACAUGGCAACAGCAGCAACGAGGGUUGCUACCUUGUGACUAUGGGCCUCUGUGCCCACGUGCAUGCUAAAAACGCUCAGGUUGCAGCAGCUGUGGCGGCGGACGCAGCUGCAGGCGCUGCUACGGAUUCUGGCCAUUCGGAAGCUGCGAAGAUAGGGUCUCUAUACAUCAGCUCUGUCCCAGCACAAAAGCACCGCAAGCAUAUCGAGCACGACUCUCAUGAGCAGCAGGUGCAACAGCAGCACCAGCAGCUGGCUCCCCAUUCCCUGGAGCACGUUUCUCUUCCCCAUGGGGCGCAGGCGCACGAACCGCCACCCCAUCCGCCCUCUUUUUGCACCAUUCACCUCGACAACUCCGACGCUUAUGGCGUAGGAAAUGCAGCGACGGAGGCGGUGAUUGGUGCAGUGGCCAGAGCAGCAGCAGCAGAAAUUUCGCUAGCUGCAGCUGAGGCCGGCAACUCUGAGUGCUCCUCCCUAUCAGGGGAUCCCCCCGAGAGCCCUGACGGUUCUUUGCGGGAGAAAGAGGCAAAAGGAGUAGUGGGGGUUGACUUGCCAGACUUGAAAAACAUACCUCUGGCCAUCCGCGUGCCUCCGUAUAGAGAGCACUUGUUGUACGAGUUGAAACAGCUGCGGCAUUUCUGGAAGGUUGAUCUUCACCAGCGAGACUGGCGACAGGUCUUCGUUUGCUCGUACUUUCCAAACGCAAUAGAUCCCGCGUUUCUGACUCUUUUGCGUACCUUCUGCUGCAUUACGGUUCUGGUGCUUGAGUGUUUCGCCUCUAUUCAGGGGUACAAAGAAGUGGGCAAAGCGCAAAUGCUCUACUUCACGAACUGGAACAGUCUUCUCGUGGCUGCCGGAUUCCUUUCCCUCACCAUCACCUCCAUCAUUGCAUGCAUGAGCUUCGCAGCUCCCCUGCAGCCCUGUUCGGGCAGCACGAGCGACCCGCAGCAGCAGCAACCGCGCAGGCGCCACGUGCAGCUACCGCCAGAACCGCAGCAGUACCAGCAACAGCGGCAGCAGAGGCAAACACAGGUUUUGAUGAAUUCGGUGGAAGAAGCAUCUCCAACGUAUUCGCUCAACUAUAUUCAGCCGAAUGCCCCAAAUGUCGCCUCCCGAGAGAGCAGCACCUGCAGCUUGGGGUUUUCAGCUCUAGAGUUUGUUGCUGUGGACGGUCGGCAUCCACGUCCGACGUACAGCAGCAGCAAAGCUGCGCUCCUCCCGUGGUUGGUGCAGCAACGACAGCAACUGCUGCAGCAGCAGCGGCAGCCGCGCGAUUCGCGGGCCUUAUGCCUGGUUCUGCAAGGGUACCGAGACCUCAUGGCUGACAGUCGAUGUUGCGUUGAGGGGAUCCUCUUGGCCCCGAACCCGAGCAACAAGUGCGUUUCGCGAGUGCAAGCAAGUGCAAGUGAGACGGGCGCUAGCAGACGACUAGCUCGAAAGAGAGCUGUUGACAGGCAGCAACGCAACCGCUCCUCCCCACCAGUUUGCGUGUCCGCGCACGCUCUCACGGCCUGGUCCUCCGGAGCAGCAGACAGCGGGCCCACCUGCUCCACAGGGAGCAGAAACGCGGUAUCUUCCGCGUCGAUGGAAUCAGAGGCACAAGCAGCAGCAGCAGCAGCAACAGCAGCAGCUGCAGCAGCAUCACAAAGAAGCGGCUCCACAGCAGCAGCACCCGUGGAUGUGCCAUGGUUCGUGAAAGUGACGUGGGUAGUUCACAAUCUGCAGUUGGUAGCAUCACUUGGCGUUGCUGCAGUCUUCUUUUCUCUCUUUAAGGCUGAAGAUGUUCAAUUCCCUGGAUCUUGGGUUACAGUGUGGAAGCACUCAGUGUUGGUCUUGCUUACACUGUUGCAUGCGUCGCUUCUCUCCCGAAUACCCUGCCCAAUGCGGCAUAUGGGUUACACGAUAAUUUUAUUUUUCUGCUACCUGGUGCUGCAGCUCUGUGUCUUUCUCUUCAAAGUGCCCAACGGGCAAGGAGGAGUAGGGUACGUGUACAAGGUGUUUUGCCUCUCAGAGCCACUGAAGGCGAUGAUUGUGUUGGCGUCCAUUUUCCUUUGCUGCUUCCUUAUGCAUCUCUUUCUUUGGUCUAUAUCUCGCAAGAGAUGCCUAUAUGUCGACCCUCCUCCCUCUGUGUCUGUUACCGCGCUGCAGCUCAAGCGCAGCAUAAGGUACGCUGCUGCAGCAGCUGCAGCAGCAGCAGCAGCAGAACAAAUGGCCAGCGAAUCAUCAGCAGUCGUUGCUAGUGCAGAAACGCUGCCCAAAGAUAGCCUAGUGCGGCUACACCUGCACCAGCACCCCUGCUGCAGCGAGCAGGCAUCUACAGGGAACCCGGAUGGCCGGCAGAGCGGGAGCAGCGGCAGCAUCAAAAGCACGGGUCGGGACGGGCUUCAGAGCGAAGGCAGUGGUGGCCAGCAAGCGCAGGUGCAGACGCAGUGA